GUAUGUUGAGAGGUGCUGCGGAUUAUCUUGUUAAGCCGUUGAGGAGGAAUGAGUUGAGAAAUCUCUGGCAACAUGUCUGGAGACGACAAACUAUAAUUGAGUUCUCAGAUUUGUUUUUCUCUGUUUGUUUUGAUCAUCUUGACAGUCACUAGCUCCUGAUUGCUUUCCAAUGGAUGAGAGUGUUGGACAACAGAAACCCGAGGGUGCGUCUGCAAACAAUUCAAACGGAAAGAGAGAUGAGCAUCUUGUAGUUGGGAAUGGUGGUGAUGCUCAGAGCUCGUGUACAAGACCUGAGAUGGAAGGAGAGAGUGCAGAUGUGGAGGUCAACGCGAGAGACUCGUUGCAGAUGGAGUGCGCAAAGUCUCAGUUUAGGGAGACAGUUCUAGCGAAUGAGAUGCAGAACUCGUCGAAAGAAGCUAUUGACUUCAUGGGAGCAUCGUUUAGAAGAACUGGACAACGUAACAGAGAAGAAACUGUUGCAAAAUACGAAUCUCGGAUAGAGCUUGAUCUCUCUUUGAGAAGACCAAACGCUUCUUCCGAGAACCAAUCUUCUGGAGACCGACCCUCUCUUCAUCCUUCUAGUGCCUCAGCUUUCUCACGGUACGUACACAGACCAUUGCAGACACAAUGUUCAGCCUCUCCGGUGGUUCCUGAUCAACGAAAGAACGUUGCGCCAAGUCAAGAUGAUAAUAUUGUGAUAUUCAACCAAUACAAUUCAUCUGAACCGCUUCCAAAUGCUCCAAGAAGAAACGAUGCUUGCUUUUACACUGGAGAGGACUCACCAGGUCCACCAUUUAGCAAUCAGAUGAAUUCUUGGCCUGGACAGAGCUCUUACGCAACACUAAUGCCCAUCAAUAACAUACACUUCAGGGGUCCUAACACAGCGUAUGCAUCUGCUAUGGCUCCUACUUCAGUCUCCCCAAGCCCUAGUUCCGUUAGCCCGCAUGAAUACAGUUCCAUGUUUCACCCCUUCAACGGUAAACCCGAGGGUUUGCUAGAGCGGGAUGGUUCCAUGGACUUAGAUGAGAGAAGAUACGUCUCUUCUGCAACCGAACAUAGUGCAAUAGGCAAUCACAUUGAGAAGAAGAACGAAGACGGAUACUCGUCGUCAGUUGGGAAACUUCAGCAAUCUCUUCAACGGGAAGCCGCUUUAACCAAAUUCCGGAUGAAGCGUAAAGAUAGAUGUUUUGAGAAAAAGGUCCGUUAUGAGAGCCGGAAGAAAUUGGCAGAGCAACGUCCCCGAAUCAAAGGGCAAUUCGUUCGUCAAGUCCUCCAAUCCACAGAGGCUCCUCAGUGAUCAAACAAAUUGAUAUACAUUAUUAAUACAGUUCAAUUUUGUAUCAACUAGGGGAAUUUUGUUUUCUCCGAUACAGGUGCUGUUCUUUGUACACUAAUUCCACGUAGAUAGUGGGUGUUUGAUUUGGUGACACUCUUGUGUGUACUUGCAGCUUUUGAGUUUAGGUAGGAUCUACCCUUAGAUUUGUAAUUACUACAUACGUUUGGAUUGUAGUUGUGUAACUUGCUUGCAAGAAGAGUUAAAUAAUAUGGACAAAGCUCAGCCUUA